GUCCCCUUCCUAAAUCCCAACUGCCUUUCCCCAUUUUCUCCUCUACCGAAGCUCCAUUAAUGGCGUCCCUCUCUUCUCUUGCAGCUCUCUCCCUCCUCUUCCUCUUCUGCACCCCUGCUGUACGCUCCGCCACUACCACCUGCCCGCCUCAGAAAUUCAAGAACAACAAGAUCUUCGCCAACUGCACAUCCCUCCCGGCGCUGUCCGCGGCCCUGCACUACACAUUCAACGCCACAAAUUCCUCCCUCUCCGUCGCCUUCGUCGCCGCCGCUCCCGGAGGCGCCGACGGCGGCUGGGUCGGAUGGGGGAUCAACCCGAAUGGCACCGGCAUGGCCGGCACCCAGGCUCUCAUUGCCCUGAAACCCUCUUCCACCGCCGGCGGCGGCGGCCUCGUCGUCAAGACAUUCAAUCUCGUCUCGUACGGCAGCAUCAAGGAGGAGAAGCUGUCGUUCGACGUCUGGGAUCUCGCUGCCGAGUCUCUCAGCGGUGGGGCCACCGCGAUUUUCGCCUCCGUGAAACUUCCGGCGGGCGACGAUCGGGUCAACCACGUCUGGCAGGUCGGGGCGACGGUUACCAACGGGCUUCCCGGGAAGCACGAUUUUGGGCCCCCGAACCUGGCUGCCAAGGAGACGCUGCAACUGACCGGUGGCGCGGCUCCGGCUUCUUCCCCUGCUCUUGGCUCCACUCCCGGCGGCUCUGCCCCUGCUUCGGCUCCGGGCAAUGGCACUAGCGGUGGAUACAGGAUGAGGGAGAUUGAGUUGGGUUCUUAUGUGGGGGUGUUUGUUCUUCUGGCUGGCUUGAUUGGUUUCUAGGAAAGUUAAGCGAUUAGGCGGUGAGCCGUUUGGAUUCUCAUCGUCCUUUUACUACUACCCCUGUUCUUCAUCGCCAUUUCCGGCGUGCUUAGUUUGUAGUAGGAGAACGAUUAUUCGCGUAUAAUGAAUGACAUUUAGUAUA